AUGAGAGACCGAGAAACCCAAAACCCCCACAGCUGCUGGUCCCCCGGACUGGCGCCAGAAUCGCCAGCGGCCUGGAUCGGCAAGAUUCCUCCAUGCGCACCUCCAAGCCUAGCGAUAAGUCGCCUCGAUGUGAUACCCGGACUACUGGCGUUACAUCCUCUAGCAAAGGAGGAGAGAACUUCGUAUUGA